AUGUCAAGUACGGUGCGACUUCGCGACCCACAACCCCUGUACCAAUUGCGUCAGAUCCCAAGUGGAGUGCAAACCAUAUACGAGAAAGCGCAAGAGAUUCACCAACAGUCUGUCGCCGGGACGCAAUGCACCGGCUUCGGGAUCCGCGAUGUCGCAAGCCUAUCUUUGAGAGAUGCGCACGGGGAUGCUACCGUCCCCAACAAUGAGACUUUGAUAUCCAUUGAGAAUAAUGUGACCGAACCUUUCAUCAAAGAGGAGAGCUAUCGCGGUCGGGGUGAGUACCUAGGCGGUAGUGUUCCAUUCGAUGAAAAUAUGGUCAAACCUGGCCAUGAGGCAACAUACACCAGCCCGAAAGCCUCUGCGGCGGACCUGCAGAUGUUACGCGAGCAAGGGGCAUUCGAGCUCCCCCCAAUAUCCAUUCAAAAACAGUUGAUGGAUAGCUUCAAUAAGUAUUGUGCUCCGUGGACGCCCGUUGUUGAUCCGAAAUGGCUCGAUGAGAAAACGCCACCGUCUAUGCUCCUGCUGCAAUCCAUUUUCUUAGCAGGAAGCAGGGUUUCUAAAGCACACCUGGACUACGGAUCAAGUGAGGUCUUCUACCGACGCGCAAAAUUGCUCUUCUUUUUUGGUGGAGGUCAUGGAUCACUGAUCUCCAUUGUGGCUGCCUGCCUCUUGCACUGGUAUAACCCUGUUGGGCCUGAGGAUGUUUCAACCGAUACCAGUGGAUUCUGGAUACGGACUGCGGGGGCAAUGGCUUUCCAAAUUGGAUUACACAAGGAGCCGUCGCUAAAUGCUAAAGAUCGGGGGCUUCGUCGGCGAUUAUGGUGGUCCCUGGUGAUUCGAGAUAAUGUCAUUUCCGUCGGAGUGGGAAGACCGCGCACAAUCAAUCUACGCGACAGCGACGUCCUACCUCCGUCGAUGAAAGAUUUUCCGAAGAAGGAUUUUCAAGCACAGCUCUUUUUAGCAUACUGCACAAUAUCAUGUCUUCUGGGCGAUACUGUCGAGUGCUGUCUACGACGAGAGAUUUCCCGACAACGACGCGUCGAUCUUGAAAAUGCUGUGUAUAGAUGGGCCAAACAGGUCAUCCCAAAAUUGCACUCCUCGGCAACGAUUCAAGAAGAUGUAAUGACCUGUCAGCUCGAAGUCAAGCAACUAUUGGUGAUGUACUUUGUUGGAUUAACGAUCCUGCACCGUUCGCCGACACCAAACAGUGUUCCACCUGCUGCAUCUCUGGUCGCAUCGUCAUUUAUUGCGGGUAUCUACGAAGACUUUCUCCUACGAGAUGAACUACGCUAUCUUGGCCCAGUGUUCGCAUUCUAUCCGCUCUGCGCAGGCCUCUCCCUCCUGUCCUGUUGUCGUUAUCCGCAACUACAAAGUACCGCCGAGCAUGAAAUGACCGUCAUGAAGCUUUCACUCCAGAAACUAUCAGAGAGAUGGCUCUCGGCGGUCGGCCCACUGAGAGCUUUGAACAAAUUGACCGAAAAAGUCCGAGAGCUAGAACCCUUCGAUGGUACACCUACUCUAGACUUUGACACCACGGCUUUUUUUGAGGGAUUUGACGUUAAGAUGUGCAAGCAGUGGCGAUUAGUUGAACAAGCUUCCGACUCGGACACCACCAAUGCCACCACGACGACAUGUACAUUAGCCGAGGUGCAAGACCCGGAAGCCGCGCUUCCGGCGUUUGAGGCGCGACCGGACGAAACAGUCGAGAAUUAUGCUUCCCCGACAUUAGACACUGGAAUGGAGCUUUUUGGUACCGACUGGGAAGGCUCUGGGUUCGAUUGGAGUGGUUCUUGGUUGCUUAAUGUAUAG